AUGUCUACAGUUAUCACCCAAAACAUCGCAUCCAUCACUGCGAAUAAGAUAGUGGACACGCCGCCAACGCAAAAGCCAAGCUCUUCAAUUCCAACAUCAACGAAGGCAAUCACACCUAAAGUUCCAUCCAAUCCGGCACUAACCAACAUUCCAAUCGAAAUAUCUACUACUGCAAAAAUAACUAGUACUCAAUUGAAUCCAACUAGCAAAUCUACAUCGAGAACGACACUGACAACAUCGGAUUCGUUUGGCGAUAAAGAAAUUAAUAAUAAUCCAUUUGAUAAAACAUUCGUUAUUGUCUUAUCAACUGCAAUACCUGCUGUAUUAAUUGCCAUUGUUGUGACUGGUAUUUUAGUUAAGAAAAGAACAGCUAGAAGUGUACCUAGUGAUGUUUCGCAACCAUCAACUCAUAAAGAUAAUCGAAAGAAAAUGUUUAUUGAACUCGAAGAAUUAUCACAAAGUGGAGUUUUCUAG